GAAUCGUAGAUCUUAUUCGAUCCAGAAAUGGCGAGAUUCUCAGUUUGUGGAGGAGACGACGGAGAAGGAUCAAGCAACAAUCAAUCUCGGAAACGACAACGACUUCCAUCCAUCGAUGAAGAUGAAGAAGACUCCGAGGACUCUGACGCCGGAAGUUCCGGUGAAGAAGACGAAGACGAAGACGACAUUUUUGUUCCAGGAAGGAGAAUGGAGUCGGAGGAUCGCGUAUCCACGAGCGAUGAUAGCGACCUUGAAGUGGUGAUAGAAGAGAGACGAUUUGGGAAAUCCGUAAACAGCCAGAGUUCUUCGAGCAGAGAUUCUCCUCUUUCCGUAAUGCUUUUGGAUCCAGAUGUUCUCGAUUGCCCCAUUUGCUGCGAGCCUCUGAAGAUUCCAAUCUUCCAGUGUGAUAAUGGUCAUCUAGCUUGUUCAAUGUGCUGCAACAAAGUUAAGAACAUAUGCCCUUCCUGUACAUUACCGAUUGGGUACAGUCGUUGCAGAGCCAUGGAGAAAGUUAUAGAAGCAACUAGAGUGUCAUGUCUAAACGCCAAAUACGGAUGUAAAGAGAAUAUCUCAUACGGAAACCAGUCAAGCCAUGAGAAGCUCUGUGUUUUCACCCCUUGUUCCUGCCCAAUACUUGACUGCAACUACACUGGCUACUACAAGGAUCUCAACAACCACGUCCGUGCUAAACACAAAAACGACCUGAUUCCAUUUGUGUGGGACGUUUCUAAAGGUAUUAGCUUGGACCUCGACAAGAAGACCACGGUUCUUCAGGAAGAAAACGAUGGGGAAGUGAUCGUAGUUCAAGUUUUCAAGGGUUUGCACGCCGUGUACGUUACUGUGAGCUGUCUUGCACCUUUGGUACCGGGAGUGAGGAAGCUCUCGUGCUCUCUGGUGAAUUUAACCGUAGAUAGCUCGUUGAGGCAGGGAUUCAUGGUGAAGAACAUUCAGAAAGUGAGGAAUGAGCAGCCAGAAGAUGGUUUCAUGGUGAUUCCUUCGUAUAUGUUGUCUGGUAAUUUGCUGAUUUCGAUUGGCCGUGGCCGGACCUUGUUAAUGCCUGAGUUAAUAGAUAGAAUUGAAGUGUGAUCAGUCGUUUUGUUCUCAUGCACAUUUUUAGGUGUAUGUGAUUGUAGUUUGUGAAUCUAAACUUUGUGCAUAAAGGUUCUUUGACAAUUAUGAAUCGAUGUCUUAGAAGAAUCAUUAUUUAUAGAAGAUAAGAUUUGGCC